CGCGCACAGCUCUCACCCUCCGUGGAAACAGUUCCUGCGGUUUGUUGUCGUUUGUCGUCUGUCCAAAUCAUGUCGUCUGCGCGGCUGACAGCAGACGUGAGUUGAUGUAAACACCGCCUCCAGUGCUGUACGUGAUAGAUCGCCACUGUUGCUGACCUGCUGGACGUUGUCCAUGUUAACUGGCCGUACUGACUUACAGAAGCCUGUCAGAAGUCCAUGGAUGUACAGUAAUCCUCAGUGCUGUGACUGAUGAACUUUACCCGUGUAGCAUUUCUUCACGAGUAACAUUUUGUGUGAUCACCGGAGCCUGUCGCUACUGUCGUCAAAGCACCGCGCCCACAUUUUUUAGGGGGCUCACUUCCUAGUCUCGUAGGCGAGAUCACGCGAGAUAACGUCGACGAGAUUCUCUGAUCAAGAUCCCAGAGGGCAAUUGUCGUGUUGAAGUGACAUGAAGCAGGUGCGCUAGGCCCACAUUUCGUGCAUACUGACAUGGAUUUCAAUUCUGACAUCAGGGUGGUCUGGUGAUCACCCAAUCAAAUCGCUGGACGACCUGUCAGUCAACCCUGAUUGACGAGGGACUAUUUGAAUUGUCAUUAAUGACAGAAGUGACAAAUUACUUCAAGUGAGAGAACAAAUGAAACUUUGGGGUUGAAUAAUUCGCCAUCCUUCCCAGGAGUUGAUGUUCAUUUCAAGUGUAGAGUAAACUGCGAUUUGAAACCUGAAGGACUCUUUCAAACACAGUGACACAUUUUUGUGCUGGAACAAUUUGAGACUUUUCAAAGUUUUUAUGUUGUUCAGUUUUGAUAACUGGAAUCUCCGAAUGCGACGUCUGUCAUCGAGUGCAUUGUUCGAAGCUCGCCAUCAUUAGAGAGAUAUUUAUGCCAGUAAUUCCACGAGCAGAGAGAAAAGUUUCAAGGAAUGCUCUUUAAACAUUGUUGAUCCCCCCAAAACUCUCGAUCUGCAAUCCCCGCGUUCCUUCGUGUCUUUGUGAGCCAGGAUCGUCUGCUGACACGGGAUUACUUGGAGCAGACGACAGUUCCCACAGCAGACGACAUACUGUAUGUGUCAUUUGAAGACGGGGUGAGGACGUGAAACAAACCCGAAACUCAUUGUGCAUCCUCGGAAUUUUCCUGUUUGAGUUAGUGAUAACAAACGCCGGUUGCUGAUAACAUCAACGGAAUCGUCUGGUUGCGAAUGUAAGCAGACGACAGUUUGUGUGCCACAUUUUUCCCGACUGGAUGUAACACCUAAAACAGAGGUCAUCUCACUAGGUGCGUGCAUCCACAACAAACGACGUGGAAUUAAAUUUCUUCCAAAUUUCAGGACAGUCAUAAUCGCCAAACAGACGACAUCUCUUGAGGCGGUUUUCAAAGAACGAUAGUGAAACAGAAUCCGCACAGACCGUGAUAAAGAAAGGGAUCGUAUUACAAUCCCCACUUCACUGUGCCCGACCCAAACCCACGGCCACACAUCACUGACAACCGACCCCUCCCGUCUCACCAACUGUUGCCAAUACUGCUGCCCUUCCAGCUGUUGCUGAACGACCUGCCUGGUACAUGAAGCGGUGCUCCACAGCGCUGCAGCCCUGCCCGUAGUGUCUUAGUGGUAGUCUCUCCUCGGAGCUGAUAGAGCCACACAGUCGAGCAAGGGAAACGAACGGGAUCAGAGGCAAAGCAGAGAUUCCCUCUCAGAACAAAGCGGAGGGCUAGCGGUGUGGUACUCGACUGCCGAGUCGCGUGAGUGUUCAGCUGUUGUGAGGACCAGCGGGCCUUAGUAUUCUCGGAUCGUACACGGACAGGGGAUUGUUGUGGAUUGAAAGUGUUGUGAUCGGAGGAGAGUUCAGGAUUUUGCUGUUUACCGAUUUACCCUACACGUUUCAUAUUGUCUUGUGAUAUCGAGGAAUUUCAUAUUGAGGGAAUUAAGGAAUUAAUCUCGAGUGAAUUCUGAAUUUGAAUAUACCAAGGGACUAUAUUCAAGGAACAACUUAAACCACACCGACCUUUAAUGCUAGAACUAACCAAAUCUAUAUUCGUUUCCGAAGACAGCGGAGUUUUGUGAGAUAUCUGUGCUGUUGUGAAAACCAAUACUGAGAGAAUCAUCAAGACGUUUGACGGACGGUCGCUAUCAAACAUACAACCCGUCAUCUUAACUCAAACGUGAACAACAACCUCAGACAGGAUUUCAGUGAUAAAAUUUCACUGAAAAUCGAAGACGACGGAAUUCCGGACAUAUUUCAACGAAAAGUAAACAAGCCCUCCACUCAGAUCGCGAGCUUUCCUCGGAGGCUGCAGGUAACCGCACCGUGUCGUCUGCUUCUCCCGCCAUGUUGAUUUUCCAGGUUGAAGGGUAUUGAUCGUCUGCUGUAGUCAGUGUAAGCUAGAUUACCGAGCUAUCCAACAUGGCGUUUGUUUCUCUCACUGCAAGGAUGUUUGUGCGGGGUUUUACCCCUGGAUUUAUUCUUCUAGUUCUCCUCUGUGAGCUCCCCGUGAGGGGCGAGGACCCUCCCGUGUGUACAGUGAAAGGACGUGUAUAUACAGAACUGAAAUGGUACGGUUAUCUCGUUCAGAAACCUUUCCACCAAGACUGGGCCAAGAUUCAGUACCAGAUCUCAUACCCCGUGUCGGAAUGCUGCACCAACCUGCUUAUAUACUACGAUGAUCAGAUUCGGGAACUAAAAGAGGGGAUGACUUGUAAGGAACGGGAGAACAUUCUCCCUGCCAACAACAAUCAAGUGAUCCCGUUGUACAAGAACAACAAAACAGUAGGAUGCAAUGUCUGGAACAAAACCGGAGAGUCUUACUAUGUGUGUCUCGGGGAGCGAAUAUUCCGAUCAAGCGGGCCCAGAACUUGGUAUUUCGCUCUCAGUCGCUGUGGGUCAAAGACUCCGUUGAAUUUGAACUAUGUAUUUAAUAUUUCUGGAUUUUAUGGCGAGUGUGAGGACGACCCUCUUGCUAAGACCUACAUUCCUCCUGUGAACGCUCCCACGGAUAGGUACAUGUUUGUAGCUAUCGGUCUAGGGGUGGUGGCAGGCGUUGCCCUCAUUCUGGCUGCCAUAUUCUUCGCGUUGUGGCUCCUGGGAACUCGGAACCGGACUGCGAAUAAGGGCAGCUCCGUGACGUCGAGCCAAGCAACCAUGACACAGGACGACGUCUUCUACGUGAACCCGUCCCUGUCCGAUCAGGGACAAACGGACUACAGCCAGUCGAGCUCAGAGAACUAUUAUGAGGUUAUCCCGGAGAGACGGAGUUAUGAGAGCAUCAACACUCACCUUGCCGUACCCCAUGGUCACGGUCACGCUCACGGCCACCCCCACCCCCACGCCCACGGGGCAAGGCAUGCAACAUAUGUCAAGGACAUGCGUCACCCGGCAUUCCCAGCGCAGCUUUUGUUUGAGGACUACCCACCCCCGCCCUACCAGCCACCCCGGGGCCUACCCAAACACCACACCCUUCAUCACCCACCCCACCACCACCACCCCCUCAUCGCUGCCCACUCCCUUCACCACACAGCUCAAAUCAGAGAGAGACCCGGUGGGGCCGGGCCCGGACCAGAGAGAGUCCCUCUUCAGACCCACACGGAAACAAGUGCAUAAACUGAUAUAUGAUAGUGAUGUGGGUAAGGUAUUGAUGGCCACCUGCGUGGGUUCUGGUUCGGACCUGACUUAAAUAGGAUCCCGUGGACUCUUGGACCAAAGUGUACAACUAUCGUGAUUCAUGUUGAUAUUACAAUAUCAAAGACUCGGCACAUCUGUGUAGUGGAUUCAUCCUCGUGUGUCAGGGGUGUUGGUGAACAAUCUCAAGAUGGAGGAAGUCUUCUUCUUGUAUGUACCCAAAACAUUUUUGAAUCCAUUGUAUUCACCCAGUCUGUGUUUCCACCAACACAAGUGUGCCAAUCACACUCAACAUUGUGCAAACUGGAAUAUUUAUUUGUCUCAUUUCUCAACAUAGAAACACACUUAGCACUUAUCCCUCGUGUGUACAAAGUUCACGACCUUGGAUAAUGUAGAGGCACCAACAGACAUGCUUCACAUGACCUAUGACUCUUGAUCUGACCUCUCACCUUGCCUUCAAGGCCGCGGUGACCUUGUUUUGCUCAGAAGGUUUUGAAAGUGCUAUUCGCGAUGGAUGUUCAGAAGUAUUGGAAUCUUCUGUCAAAUGAUGGAGCGAGUAAGAAUGUUUUGUUGGAGGUUUUGUGGAAGUGUAUUUUUGGACAGAACACCGAAAAGCGAAGGCACCGGGAGUGAUUUGUAUACAUUCCCACACACACCAAAAAAUACCAGAAACGUAGAAAAUGUAUUACAAAUAAAUUUUGUAUGUGACAUUUUUUUUUACAAAUCGUGACUUUUUACCUCAAGACUAUGACACCACGGCGAGUACAAAGGAGUCUGUGCCUUACGGCGAUAGUUAACUGUGUCAAGAUGUCAAUUUCAAUUUCAAGAUGAAUGAUAUGACAAAUAACCGAUGACAAUAUGUCACGUGAGAUGAUUAAUGGCAGACAGGGGAGACAACUUGUGCCGAGAGAAGAGAAAUGGAUGCUGUUGAAAGUGGCUUAAGCGAGACCCGUGUAUGUGUUUAAUCGUUAGCAUCGUCUAUCUUGGGAGAACCAUGACUCAUUACACGGGAUGGUGUGUCGUAUUGGAACGAUCGACAAUGUUGUGUUUGACCUGGGUAGUCGAUUGUCGUGCACCUAUAGACUCAUCUUCCCGCGGCCUCCCAGUAUUCAAUCCCCCAGCACCGAGCAGCAAGACAGCAGGAAAAACACCACAGUGGAACUGUUGAAUCUGUGGUCUGUGUUGCGAUUUGUAUGAUUCCUUAAUUAGAGAGGUUUCCUGUUGCCAGGCAACGGCGAAAAACGUGAUACUCGUUGCUUCAGCGAGCGAGGCCUCUGUGCCGACAGUGUUGGGAAUUCCUGAUCAGCUUUGAAAUUACACCAGCAACAGAGACGUGUGUUCUGAAAUUGCUUUUAAAGAAUUAAACCGAUGUUGUGAAUGUAAUUAUGUACAACACGGCUUGCUGCCAGAUGCCGAUAUUCCUCCAUCGCUGUGUCUCGACAUCUAAUGAAAGCAAUAGAAACUUUCCACUGGACUACACAUGGGACGGUUGUUGUUAGUGAGUUUCACCCGUGGUGUCUAUAUUUGAAAUUGACACGGAUUUGACUUUGACAAUUCGCUACACAAUCUUGAACUGUACAAAUUGAUAUGUAUUGUGUAACACGAACAGACAUCACUGUUACUAAAUCGGGUGUAUUCGAGAAUUUGUGCAUUAUGAUUAUUCAUGCCUAUUUGAAAAGAUACCUGUAUUGAAAUCCGAGAUGCAUCUGUACCUUAAUGGAUACCUUGUACAGUCUGUUUGAAAGUGCAAUUUAUUACAAAUAUUCAAAUUAUUUAGAAUAUAACCACAAAGAGGAGGUUGUUUACAUGUGUUCCAUCACCCGUUGAAAUAUACAGUUUCAAUUUCACAAAUUAAUUCGUCAACAAAUUAAUGCGAGUAUCGGCUCUUAUCUUGAAAUGCCACAUACAAAGAAUGCAUUUUGUGUUAUUUCUGAAAAUUUACCAAAUUACCAAAUUGUUCCAUUUUCUAUUUAUAUCAUCUCGACUGUCGGGUAAAAGGACCAUAUCGUCAAAUAUGUAUGACAUACCAUGUGAAUAUAGGAGGGAAUAUACGGUAUGACAUUUACAUUCGUCAUACCUCAUUCAGCGUCGUAGUUGUGGCGAGAAAAUACUUUUGGCUUGGGUUGUAUAUCGAUUUAUCAUUAAAAGUAUACGAGCCUUAUUGCGUUGUUAAAAUUACUUAACUGUUACGAUAUUUGCGCAAUUUAGGGAUAAUUUAGAAAAUAUAUAUCUGAAAUUGACAUUUUUCUGUGAAGUAAAAGUUGAAUAUACUCUUUCUGUGAAAGGCUGAACAUGCCUUGAUUGUCUAACAAAUAGUGCUCUCGAAACACAUGGGUACAAUGUGUGAAGAACAUCUGUAUAGUACCCCCGUCGUCGUAUUGAUGAAAUAUUGCAUAAAGCGGCGUAAAUCAAUAUUUAAAAGAUCCAAAUGUGAUUGAACAUGUUUCAUGUUGUCAAUUUCAUGUAGAUUUCACGACUGUGAUGAACACGUGUAAACAAACAGUAUGAAAUUAACAUCACCAUUCCCCGGAACCCAUUCCAGUGAAGGAAUACCGCUAAAAAAGUUAAAGACCGCCGGUACUUUCAUAUCGCUAUAGCUUAUGGUGAUGACAGGCGACGUCAUCAGAUGAAUUGAUGACAGAACUAUACUGAUAUGAAAGACUGGUGGUCUUUCACUUCUUGUAAGUGGUGUCUGCGUAGGUUAUAAACCGUUUUUAACGGCGGUUAUUGUAUAUCAUGUAUAUUGGUUGGGCACCAGUAUUUAACUGCGGUAUAUUAACGACAUUAUUGACGAUAUAUGAUAUUUAUGUUGAGCAAUGAUGUGCUGUCGUUUGUGAUUCAUUUCAAACAGUGGCGUACUUUUCUGUAAUUGAUUUCUUUUGUAAGAAACCUGAAAAUCAUUUGCAUGCUAUGUUGUUUAUGCUAUUAUCAGAUUUGAAACUAGCGUUGAUUUAUCAUGAUUUCCUGGAAAAGAUUCGAUCUCUUCCGUGUUUCUAGCGAUUGCCACGAAAGGUUUCGAUCCACCUGUCAAUCGCGUGUAAUUGUUUUGAUCGUCGUUUUCAACUGACCUAUUUCACGCUGUGCCGACUGCUGUAUAUAUCAUAUCUAGGUCAUUAGGGCAACCAGUCUCUGUGAAAUUUACAUUUUGUGUGAAAUUUGCAUUUUGCAAAUUUCACGGUAACACUUGAUUACCUUGUUUGAUUGGCUAUUGCGAUGGUCAUAUUUAUACAUCUCAUACAUAAUUGUAUAUCAUAUAUCAUCUCUCUGAUGGCCAGGACCUCAAGUGUAUUGUGGUAAUGAUAUAUUCAAUUUGAUGCUCAUGCUGUUGAUCACUGGAGUGUCUGAUCCCGAUUAUUUACAGACCGCCGCCGUAUAGCUGGGAUAUUGCUGAGUGCAACAAAGACAUAGUGUGCAGGUGUAAAGUGUGCGCUGGAUGUAUGUUAAUGAGUGGAGGGCGUUGGGUUUUCUUUGACCUUUGUUAACGUUUUGCAGUAUCAUGUACCAGAUAUAUACAGAAAGAUACUGUGACAUGUACUCGAACGUCAUGAGACCAAUCGUUGCAGAGUAGUCGCGGACACCCCCCCCCCCCCCAAUACACACCCUAUAUCUACAUCCACAUCCUCACCUGCAUGCCUACCUUCUACAACGGCAACAGUCCACAUUCCCAACCUCAGCAGCGCUGCCCUACAGUGUAGAACAAACGCUGGCCUGUGUACCCCACAGCUACCCCGCCAGCAGCACCGUGUCCACACCAAACCCCACCCUUACACCCACCCGUUAUACCGAUCUACCCUCGUACCGACCCACUUCCGCCCAUACUACACCACCAUCCACAUCCUUCACGUCCACAUUCCAGGACAGUACGUUCCUUCAUGUAGGAUCUCACUAAACCCAUGUCCACAUUCGAUCCUUCACUUCCAGACUAACGACUGCUAAACAUGUCCCUCCGCUCAUUGACAUGUUGAAUGUCUCACGAACCACUUUUAGAUACGUUUUCAUUCUACCUAAUUUUGUGUGUU